AUGUCGUCCACUUUCUCCGGCGAAGACUUUGCCCAGCAGGACCAGUCACUACUCUUCUCGAAGUUGCCCCUCGAGAUCCGCCGCCAAAUAUACCAACAGCUCUGGUCCGACCAUGGCCUUACGCAGCACAUAUUUCUAUUCAGCCAGAACUCAUACCUUCAGAGCUUCCCGUGCUCUCUCAGCCCCGAACAACUCAACCAGGACCCAAGUUCUGCCACUUCUGCUGCUGGCAGUACAGACGAAAUCAUUGCGACACCGCAGUUCGAGCCCUUUGACGACCCCGGAGAUAUCGAUGGCGCACUUCAGGAGCUAACACUUGACGAUGAAGAUAGACUUCUUCUCUGUGAACCACCCUGCAGCACGUGGUGCAUGCACCACGUGUGCUUCUACCGCUGGAUUGAGAAAUGGGAUAAGUCCUUCUCGAAGGUCUAUAGCGCAAGCUACAGAGGUAAUACGCUACGGCCCUUGCCUGAUCCGAGAUCUAGCCCUGUCCUUGCUGUCUUCCUGGCGUGCAAACAAGCACACCAGGAGGCGAGCGAGUCGUUAUUCUCGACCAUGCGCUUCUCCUUCUCAAGCUUGAAUGCCAUGCACAUGUUCCUCGAACAAGUACCACAGCCUAUGGUAUCUCGGAUCCAAUAUGCCGAUGUUUUGAGCAUUGAUGGGGACUUCCUUGACCCUAGCCGGUCUUCUGCGGACUACCCUGCACCUGCCCAGAAGGUAUACCAGACUCUGGAUGCGUCCUUUCCAAAGCUGAAAGAGCUCCGCUUGACUCUGCACGCCAGUUGGUACAGCCAGAAGAUCCCUCGGAAGCGGGACCUCCAGCCGCUGUACACGCUCGCGCACAAGAAGGAGAGUCUGCGCAAGUUCGAGGUCUUCUUACCAACCCAAAAAAGCAACAGCAAGGUUGGCUACGGCGAAAUACACCCUUCCCUGAAAGAUGCGCCCUUCAGCGUUAAGCUUGUGCCCCCUUGCUGUCGUGUUAUUACCGAGUGUCAUUGUUUCUGGACAUGA